AUGGGUGCCGUCUGCUGUUGUUUUUCAGAGCCAAUCGAUUUUGACGGCGAAGUAAACCUUUAUCACUUCGACCUUCAUCGCGCAGUCGGCAAAGGAGCUUUCGGAAAGGUCAGGGUCGUCGAGCAUAAGAGGACCAAAAAGCUAUAUGCUCUCAAAUAUGUCGAGAAAGCGCGGUGUAUCAAACAGAAAGCUGUAGCCAAUAUCAUUCAAGAGAGGAGGUUGCUGGAAGAGAUUGACCAUGCUUUCGUCGUCAACAUGCGUUAUGCGUUUCAGGACGACGAAAAUUGCUUCUUUGUCCUUGACUUGAUGCUUGGUGGAGAUCUACGAUUUCACCUUGAACGCAAAGGCCCUCUACCAGAAAGCGUCGUUGCAUUCUGGUUGGCGCAGCUGGCUUCAGCAUUAACCUACCUGCACAAACAGCGUAUCAUUCAUCGCGAUUUGAAACCAGACAAUAUCCUUCUUGACUCUCAGGGAAACGCACACAUCACUGACUUCAACGUCGCCAUUCACUACUCUGAUCGCCGGCCGCAUACUAGUGUAGCAGGAAGUAUAGCUUACAUGGCUCCAGAGAUCCUUACAAACAAAGGAUACUCAUGGCAGAUUGACUGGUGGAGCCUGGGCAUUACAAUAUACGAGCUACUGUUCAAUAAACGUCCAUUUGACGGCAAGAACGUCGAACGUAUGAGAUACUCCAUCUCGAAUCAGCCGCUCGAGUUUCCUACCGAUAUAAUCCCUCUCAGCAACCACGGCAUCAACAUGCUGAAACAACUCAUCGAAAGAGAUACCACGAAACGAAUAGGAUGCCGCACAAUCGACCAACUGGACGACUUCCGCGACCAUCCGUGGUUUGGCUCCUUAGAAUGGGACAGACUAGAAACCAAAGAGUUGAUUGCACCCUUCAUUCCAGAUCUGAAACAAGCAAACUUUGAUGUAUCAUACGAAUUGGAUGAGUUCCUUAUGGUCGAAAAGCCACUGACGCACACGAAACGGAAGGCGAACGCUGACCUUGAAAAACUCAAACCUGAACUACGACAGCUGGAGGACCAUUUCACUAUUUAUGACUACGACCGUUCUCAAAGGCAAAGCUAUUACCCUCACAAUCAACCUGUUUAUACAAUGACUGCAGCCGGUCAACCUACACAUUACCGGAAUGGGUCACUGCAGCUUCAGCCGACUGCAACCAUUGCCGAAGCUUCGCGCUCGGGUUCCCCCGAUGUUUUCAACUCUUAG